AUGGGACAAUUAUAUGGUUGUGAUAUAUAUAGAAUAACGAAUGUAAAUUUCGUUCCUCUUAAACGGCCAUCAGAAUUUAUCGAUCCUCGAAUAAUUGAGUUGCAACAACUGGCAUCUUCUGGAAUAUUUUAUUUCGCUAGUUCUUCGAAUAUGAAUCAAUUGUUCGAUUUAACUCUUUCAUCACAAAAGCGAGCAUGUGGAGAAUUUGGCGAUACUUCUUAUUUUUGGAAUCGAAAUCUGCAUUUGCCGUUGCAACGAUAUGGUAUCGAACCAAGCGAGUGGUUUUUGCGUGUCAUAUGCGGAUCAAUUCAAAUUCGUACAGUUUAUAUUGGUUGUAAAAUAGCGAAAGUUGCUGUUAUAUCACGAUUGAGUUGUAACCGAGUCGGUACUCGAUUUAAUGUUCGAGGAAUUAAUGACGACGGUCAUGUCGCCAAUUUUAUCGAAACGGAACAGGUUUAA